ACCAUGGCGCUGUCACUGGACCUCGAAGAGGAGCCGCUCCGCAGGUAUGGUGCCGCGCAGGGCUACCAGAUUGUCCGACUGAUUGGUCGCGGCAGUUUCGGGAAAGCGUUGCUGGUUCGGGACAAGGAGGGGAAGCAACGCGUGAUGAAGGUGAUAGAUCUUCAGCAAGCGAGCGAGCGGCGCCGGCAGCAGGCGCCAAUGGAGGCGGAGUUGAUGCAACGCUUGGCCCAUCGCUACGUGGUGCGCUUCCACGAAAGCUUUCGAGAGGACAAUGCCUUCGUGAUCGUGAUGGACUUUUUCAGUGGUGGUGACUUGCGACAACAGGCAGGCUUGGAAGUCUUGGAAGUGCCAGUGGGGUCACCCCAGAGACUUUCGCCACUAGAGACUUCGGACGUCACUCCCGUCGCGGUUGAUGCGAUGGCGCCGCGGCUGCCCGUUUUGCAUAGCAGGCGCUACCGAGAGAUCCCCACCGUGACGGCCAAUGCUUGGCCAGGCCCUUCCAACGAGUCUGCCCCACGCCUGGACCUGGAAGAUGACUGGGACUCCCCGCGCCGGCUGCGGGGAAUCUGGGGUGCGAUGGAUGUGCCCCAGAUGCCGCCGUCCAUGUCAACAGUCUAUGGAAAGCGCGAUCUUCCCCUUCGCCUCGCUGAUCUCCAAGUGGAUCGCAGCGAACUGGCACAGCUCCACAGGACCUUGAGUCCUAAGACAGCUGAGCCAAAACCUGAACUUGGUGCAUCGGUGAAAAGCAUGAGCCAAACGGCUCCUGUCAGCUGGCGGAGCUGGCGUGCCAAGAAAACCAGGCGCAAGUUUCAGCGGGAGCCAAGCUGGCAACAGCUGCUACCAACGGCAAUCCUUGCGCCAUUGCCGGAGCCAACGCCUGAGCCGAAGCAUGGGUUACCUAUCGCACCCUGUAGCAACAAAAUGUUCUUCGCGCGGAGCGCCAAGAUGUGCAUCAGGACCGUUCAACUCCAAGAUACCAAGGUCAAGCUCCGCAUCAGCGGCACCAAGGGCAGCGUCCUAGCGGAGCCCGUGGGCGCAAGGUGCAUCUGCCGCAGCCCCUGGCUGUGUCGAUGCAAAAGUCAAGCUCAGGGCAGUCGGAAGGAUCGGAAGGAGGCACCCAGUUCCCCUCACCACGUCCUCAGCACCGACCGGCUGCUGACGGAGCCCGACGCGCUGCCCGUCGCGCUGCCCGUCGUCGCGUCGCUGCCGCUGGCACGGCCGGCGUCGCCAGAGAACUCGCCAACGCCCUCAGUGGUCUUGACGCGCUCCGAAACGGAACGCAAGAAGAGUGGCAGCUUUCGAGACAGCAAGCUUUGCGAUAACUGCGGGCAAUUGUUCAGCUCCGAUGCUGAUGUUUGUAGGAAUUGUGGUCACAAGCGGCAAAGCUCCGCUGAGAUGAGAGAGGAGAUGAUCCUGAACGCCAAGGAAGAUGUGCGCGUCAGCGUCUUCAAUAAACUCCAGGAUCACAACGAAGUGCACCGUGACGAACUGCCAAAAGGGUUGGAGUUGUGCGGGUUCGUGGGCAUUCGACAAUCCUGGGUGGACAGCGCUUGUGAUGCUAUCACGAAGUAUUCCACCUUAGAGCUGGAAGAGUUCUUGAACUUCGUAAAGGGCUACGAAGCGCGACAGGACAACUUCUACAAGAGCACCUUUGAAGAAGCGGAUUUGGACAACUCCGGCACCAUGGAGGCUGGAGAGCUAGCCGAGAUGCUGCAGAAGUUGGGCAUCGAACCUAUGUCGCACGUUUUGGAUGAAGUGAUUCGGGAAGUGGACGAUGGCAAUGGGGAACUGGAGUUUAAAGAAUUCAAGCACCUCAUGGACCUGCUGGUGGUGCGCGAGGGCUUCACCAGCAGCGAGUACGACAGCUACGUGGAACUCUUCAACCAUUUGGAUCCCAAGAAGAGCGGCGAGAUCUCGGAUGAGGACAUCCGCACCAUCCUCAAAUGGCUCACCUGCAGUUUGCCCGAAGCCGUUCUGCAAGAGAUCCUGAAUGAAACGGAUGCGGAUGGCAGUGGUACCAUCAGCCAGCGCGAGUAUCUGCGGUGCUUAAGGAAGAUUCGAGAGCACGAGUUGGAGCUGGUGCGGCAAGCGUUGGGAGAUCAGGAGCAAUUGCCCAAGGAGCAGGUGACACAUCUCUUCCGCGACCUGGGCUACGUCCUGUGGGACGAGCAGGCCAUCGCCGAGGCCGCGCAGGAGGCGCAGAUCCAGGAAGAUCAGCUGGAUCUCAGCAAUUUAUGGCGCCUCUUGCUCAUGUAUCGACAACGUGAAGGCAUGCGUAACAGCGAGCUGGAGUCUAUUGAUGCCGCGUUUCGAGAAGAAGACCUGGAGGGCACAGGCGAGCUGACUGCUCUCGAAGUGCCUACGGCCAUCCGUUCGCUGGGUUAUCAGGUGAGUUUCGAGGCAAUGCAAAGCGUUUUGCGACAGGUAGACGUGAACGAUUCGGGUGGCGUGGAUAAGAUGCAGUUCCGCAAGGUGGUGCGGAUGCUGCAGGAGUGCGACGCGCAGCUCUUCCUCCAAGCCUUCGACGAUGAAGAUCUGGCUCGGUUGCAGGCGAUCACGUUUCCCAGCGCCAUCCAAGCCUUCUGCACUACUGGCCUCCAGUCCCAAAGUUUGGACCUGCCGGAGUUCAACGAUGAUGGCAUGCUGGUGCGUCGCGACGACUUCGUGAGGUCCUGUGCGGCGCACGCGCAUCAGGUGCGUGAAGCCAUCAAGCGAAAUGGUGGAUGGACAGAUCCCGAAGUGAAUUACUUGAAGCUCUUCUUCCGAAAGUAUGAUCUGGACAGGAACGGACGGACACCUGGCAUCAUUUUUAGCGUCUGCGCUGUGACAUUCUUUGCAAAAGAUGCCAUGGGAGCGCUAAUCCCAGAGUUGAAGUUCCUUGAACACAAGUCGUUCUUGGGGUCCAAAGAUGGUAUUCCGUCAGAUGGCUUUGUGGAAGAUGUGGUUCCCGAAAUGGCUCAUGAGCGGUCCAUGCGGCCGCAACUCCUGAGCCUCAUGCGUUCUGUGGAUGAAGAAUCCAAUGGCUUGAACCUGGAGGAUUUCUUGAAGCUCAUGGGCUUGUUUCGCAGUUUCAAGGACAAGGAGAGGCUACGAAAAGAGCAAUGGGCCAUCCGUGACGCCGGCUUCCAGCCCCAGGAGGUGGCCGACUUUCGCGAACUUUUCCUCAACUCCUUGGAGAAUUCUGAGGACAUGAACUACCCCACAUUCUCGCACAUGAUCAGUGGCAUCACACCGCUUGGAAAAUCUUUAAGUCAGGAGCUGGAGAGGAUGUUCCAUGAAACCUGCGCGCCACGACACGAAGCGGAUUUCCCGGACUUCCUGCUGUUGAUGAAGACCCUGCUGGACAAAGACUUCGGGAACCUGCGCGAGAAGAGUAAGAAACGCUUGGCCAAGGGCCGGCGCUGA